UUCGCGGUUCGGUAGAUUUUAUGUAAUAUUAAAAUACGGCAGACAGGUACUGUCAUAUUAUUAUCAUAAUUAUUGUCGUUGCCGUUCAAUAACGACAUCGCUGUUAGAUAACCACGAGUCCACCCCCCCUCGAAUGGUGAUUUUAUUUUUUUGCUCGCUCCCGAAAAUCACCGCUGUAAAUCGACUACUACACAGCUAUACGAUAUUAUAACGGUAACGGUUAUAACGACAACAACAACAACGACAACAACGACGUAGUAGUAAAAAUAAAUCGUUCACGUGUCUCGCGCCGUCAGCCGUCCCGCGGUUUACCGUGAAUACACGCGAUUUUUUUUUUUCCGUGCCGAACUCGACGCAUCAUGCGGUGUCGCAUCGCUGUCCGAACAGCCGUCGGUGCCGCGGCGGCCGUGCUUUUGGCCCUGAUCGGCGCCGCCGACGCGGGCAGCUGUCUCGAAGCCAAGCUGUGCUGUCCCGGCCGCGACUCGGCGUGCGUCGUCCAGAAGACGCCCAUCAACGCGAUCAUCGAGGAUCCCACGGACAAGCCGUGUUACUGCGACCACGCGUGUCUCAAGCUCGGCGACUGUUGCACCGAUUUCAAACCCGCUUGCGGAGUGAUUGAUUGUAUGAUGUCAGAAUGGGAAUCAUGGAGUGAAUGUGAUACGGAAUGCGGAAAUGGCAUGAUGACAAGAAAAAGACAAGUAAUAAAGACACCAGUAAAUGGUGGCAAACAUUGUCCUUCGAUGGUGCAGAAAAGAGCGUGCAUGGGAACUAGGUGUCCCAAUUAUCCCGGGAGUGCGCUAAAAGAAACCGCCAUGUUGCUGCCUGCAUCUUUAGCAUCCAACCGUUUGAGUAAUGAGUCCCAAGAUAUACGUCACAAUUUAAAGUACCGCUUGUCAAAAGAACCAGUCAAUUUAGAUUCAAAGGAGUACUGUGUUCUUUUCGAGGUGAUAAAAGCGACCAAGGCCUGCAGAAAAGUGUCCGAAUACUCUUUGCUUAGAGAAGGUGAACGUGUGUGUGUGCGCUGUGACACACAGGUGAUGCGUCAGUCGCUUGGGUUCCGGUGCCCGGGUCAUGGGACAAUGGAUCGAGCGACGAGAUGGACCGUAUUGUCGGCGCCCCAUUGUCAUGGCAAAUGGGUUCGUCUCGAAUCGGCUGGACAACAGGAUGGGCACUCGUGUCCGAUGUGUAAAAAAGGAGCACAGUUCGUAUUCGUAUAAGCCAGCGGUCGCUGCUCACCUAAGUAUAAAAUAUAUUAUACGAAACCCCCUCUGAUUUUUUUUUAUAUACAAAUAUACAUAUUCACACUCACCCUGUCAAUUUUCUUCCUCACUGCAACUACCCUACACUUCCACAGCAAAUUCGGAUACAUGUCGUUAUACUUCCAUGUAUAAAUACAUAUACGUAUGUGUGUAGGUAUAUAAUGUUUAUGUGUGUGUCUGUGUAUGUAUUUAUACUGU